AUGGAGCUUCAGGUUGCUCUUGAAUGCGGCAUCGAAGAGGCGCAUUUGGCAGCCGAGUCGUGUCAGGCCAAGGAGCCCACAAGACAGGAGGCCUGCUUGUGCGCUGAAUGCAAGGCCCAAGACGAGAGGGCAACGUCGGAGCUCCUAGAACUUGAAGCGAUUAAUCUCGAUCGUUUGGAGUGUUUGCGUCGGACUGAGGAGGAACGUGUAAUACACAAAACGUUUAGAGGCCAUCAUAACGAGGAUUAA